AUAGUACGUAUACAUAUAGAGAUACAACUGCAACAUUCUUUGCACAUUGAAAAACGUAAAAUUCAACUUUCUAGCCAUUUUCUUCAAUGGAGGUUAUGAGAAUAUUCAUGGUUGCCCUUGUUUUGGCUUUGCAUGGCACUGAAACCCUGAGUAGUGUUGAUCAUGGGCCUCUAGCCGUUGACUAUUACAAAGAAAGCUGCCCCUUAGUGGAAGAUAUUGUGAGACGCAGUGUUCAAACUGCUGUGUUUAAAGAUCCUCGAAUGGCUGCCUCCCUCCUCCGCUUGCAUUUCCAUGAUUGCUUUGUCAUGGGGUGCGAUGGUUCGGUUCUUUUGGACAGUGAGGGGAGCAUAGUGAGUGAAAAGGGAGCUGGGCCAAACGUGAACUCCCUGCGUGGAUUUGAGGUGAUUGAUGAGAUAAAGUAUCUCUUGGAAGAAGCCUGUCCUUACACUGUUUCAUGUGCUGAUAUUCUUGCCAUUGCUGCUCGUGAUGCUGUUGUCCUGGGAGGUGGGCCAGGAUGGGAUGUGUCGCUAGGCAGAAGAGAUUCAAUGAAAGCAAGCUUCAGUGGUGCGAACCAGUUAAUCCCUGCUCCCAAUUCCUCUCUGGAGACUCUCGUUGCCAAUUUUCAACAACAUGGCCUCGAUGUGUCAGAUUUGGUUGCUUUAUCGGGUAGCCAUACAAUAGGAAAGGCAAGGUGCUUAAGCUUCAGGCAAAGGGCGCAUGAUGUGAGCACCCAAGAUCAUGAUCCUUACAAGAGAUACACAAGCUUCCGAAGAAUCCUACGGUCCAUAUGCCCAAAAUCAGGAAAGGACAACAAGUCUGCACCGCUUGAUUUCACUACCCCAGCAAGGUUUGACAACCACUACUACCUUAACAUUCUCCAGGGAGAAGGUUUGUUGGGAUCUGAUGAUGUUCUGGUGACCCAAGAUCAUGGGGGGGAGAUAAAAGCCCAGGUGUGGGCUUAUGCCUCUAAUCAACACCUUUUCUUUGCUGGAUUUGCCAAAUCUAUGGUCAAGAUGGGUAACAUCAAUGUACUCACUGGAAAUGAUGGAGAAAUCAGGAGGAAUUGUAGGUUUCUCAAUUCCUAGCUCUCCAAAAUUACUACUUAUUAGUUGUAUUAACCUACGUUUUUGUACUAAAUUUGCAAUCGGAAUAAUUUGAUUUGCCUCCUAUUUCUUACAUAGGAUCAAGGGUUGUCCAUAA